AUGUCUUCCUCACACUGCUUCUUCCACAUCAACAACAUCCAAGCAACAGCUUCUCAUCCAUUCCAAAUCAAGGUAGAUUCCAAUGUCAUCUUCUCUUCCACUGAAGACAUUGAAAAGAAAACCAUUGAGCAUGAGAUUCCAAUUCCAAAAUUUGCCUCUGUACAUAAUGUCUACAUCAAUAUCUUGUCACCAAUGAAUCAUCUCGACGAAUUGGAAAGAUACAAUCUCACUCACAAGGGAACUCACUUUAUUAUUGAUCCAACCCGAAAAUCAAAUCAAGUUCGUCAAUGUUUGGAUGAACAGGGAACCACUGGAACAACCGGAGUACCCACUGGAUCUCCAUCCAUUUCCACCACUAAAAAGACAUCCAAUACUUCCACCUCAUCCAUUCUUGGUGUGAAACCUCAGGGAACAAGUACAUCAUCAUCGACUUCUCCGGUUCAUUCUCCAAGAAGAUCUUCCAACAUGAUGCAAUCCUCAUCAGCAUCUCCAAACAAGUCUACUACUGCUAAUACUUCAACUGCUACUACUAAUACUACUUCUACUACGACCACUUCAAAUAUUCGUGUUCCAGUUCAAGUGUCCAAUAGCAAUUCUCUCUCUUCUGAGAAUCGAGGUGAAAUUAUUCGUGAAUCAGUGUUUGAUCAAGUUGAUGAUUCGGAAACACAAUUGACCUUUUGGUUGUAUGGAGUGGUGGGUUCAGAUCGUUAUCCUUUACGUAUUUUAGUGGAUGGUUUGUGUGUGCUUCGAUGUGAACAUGAUUUGGAAUCUGGAAAGGUUCAUGUGAAAGUGAAGGAACCAAAAUUUUCACCUGAACACAAAGUUAACUUGUCUGUGGAUAUGCCACUUGUCACUGGUGUCAGUAAUCAAAGAAGAAUUUUCAAUGAGAAACGUUUCAAUUUAUCAACAGGUGGAAAAGUCUUUUUGAUUGAUUUUAGAAAUGCAAAUCAACAAAGCGAUGAAAAGAGUGACACUACUGCAACUGCUCAUGUCAUUCAAGUUGCUUCUGAAAAGCAAUUGGAAGGUUAUCCUGAACCAGCUCUCUAUGAUCCUUCUCAACACACUCCUGCCACAAGCCAAACCGUUCCACCUCCAGUGACCUUCUCGAUGGAACCAUUCCAAAUUGAUGAAUAUCAAGUCGAUGCUUCCAAAUUAUCUGAUGAACAACGUGAAAAAUUAUUGAAAGUCCAAUCGUUGCAAGAUCGUGGAAUUUUAACACAACAAGAAGCAGAUUUUGAACGAAAGACCAUUAUUGGAGACAAGUUGUUUUCAUUCCCUAAAAAGGUAGUGAACAAGAAUUCCGAGAAUUCCAGUGCUUCUACUUGCAAUACUGCAGAACAUUCAGCCACUUGUUUGAAUCCACUUGUUGCAUCUCCAAGAAAUUCAACUACUUUGUCAUCACCACGUAAUAAUAGUACAAGCAGUAGUAGUGAUAGUAGUAAUACUAGUAAUUCUACUAAUCAAUCAUCACCACGUCAUAACAGUAGUGAUAAUAAUGGUAGUAGCAAUAGUGUUGCAAGAACUUCUCCGAGACCUUCUGGAAAUUCUUCAACUGCUGAAUGUAUUGAAAUGAAACUCUUCUUGUGUAAUAUUAAGGCAUCAGAGUCAGCACCUUUCAAAUUAAUUUACAAGCCAGAAAAUGCUGUCAUGAUUUCAUUGGAUGAAGAUGUUCCACCAGAAAAGAUUAUUUGUGUGAAGGGCGACAUUCCAGUCAAUCCAAAUGGUGACACUUUGGCUCCAUUGAUUAUUGACAUGCCAAAAGUUGGCGUUCAAUUGGAUCAUACUCUAAAUUUGAGUAACGGUGGAAGAUUUGCAAUGAUUGGAGUUGCGAAUAAUGAAACUGGAAAAGUUGUUUGUAAACAACAAAAGACAGAAGAAUUUGAAUCCAUUUUGGAGGAAACUGUGAAGGAAGAACCAUCCAAGAUUUUUGUACAUUUUAGUGGAAUUCAAGCAUCUCCUGAACAACCAUUUGUGGUCUACAUUAAUGACAAGCAAGCUUAUAAGAGAGAAGAAUCAUUGAAGAAGAGACAAAAGGGAACUAUUAAUGGUGACAUUCCUCGCAAUAAGCGUAUCAAUUCAUCCAAGGAUGAGAAUCAUGUGGUGAGCAUUCGAGUGGAAGCUCCAAUGACUUCACCCAAGCCAAAGAUUGUUGCUGUUGAUUUGACCAAUAAGGGACCUCAUGUCUUUAUUUUCUGUAAUCAAGACACAAAUGAGUUGAUUGUCAAACAAUCUCACAAUGAAAAUGCAAAGGAAGAGGAAAUGACAAUUUGUGAAGAUUACGAUGCUGCUGCAACCAAGUCAUCUUCUUCAAGCAGCCCUUCGACAAAUUCCACAACAACCAAACAACAAAAGAGAUUGACUGAAGAGGAUAUUGAAUACUUGAAAAAGUUAUUGGAUUUGAAGAAUGCUGGAGUUUUGAGCGAGGAAGAGUAUGAAAAGAAAAAGUCAGAAGUAUUGUUUUAA